AUGGAGAAUCCACUAGACCUUUGGACCGCUUUACAGCGACGAUAUGAUCACCAGAAAACGGUGCUAUUACCAAAGGCUAAACAUGAGUGGAAGAAUCUCAGAUUCAUGGACUAUAAGUCUGUGGAUGAAUACAAUUCAGUAUUGUUUAAGAUAGUCUCAAUGAUGAGACUUUGUGGUGAGGAAGUAACCGAGAAAGAGUUGCUUGAUAAAACAUUCUUCACGUUUCAUUCGACGAACGUGUUGCUGCAACAGCAUGAGAUGAGACCCAUCGGAACAGCAGCAUUACCAGAAGCCAAUGAGGCUGAAAAGAAAGAUCCCAAAGAGUGCAACCACGUCCAUGAUGAUAAGAGAUCACACGGCAAAGGCCGUAGUAGAUACAAAGGACGUGGCCGUGACAACUACUCAUAUGGCCGGCAAGGAAACCACAAUAACCGUGGUCGUGGUUCCAGCUAUGGUCGUGGCCGAUGCAGUUAUGACCGUGGUCGAGGCAGCAUAUCCAAACCGUCUAACUCUACCAAAUCAGCUUGUCACAGAUGCGGGAUGAGUAACCAUUGGGCCAAGAAUUGUAGAACCCCUAAACAUCUAUGUGAGCUUUAUCAAGAGAGCCUUAAGAACAAGAACCCGGAAGCCCAUAUGGUUCAUGAUACCGGGUAUGAUGCUGAUGAUGAUUACGACCUUGAAAAGGACGACCUCUUGGAUUUUGAGACUUCUGAUUGUCUCAAAGACUAA